AUGGCAUCUCAGGGGUCCCCGCCAAAACUUCCAUCCCACUGCAGACCCCUUAGCCUACGCUGGAAAGGGGCUGCCUUCACCCUGUUUGAAGCGCACCGCUGCCCGGUAAAGCCUCCGCCACUAGGGUUUAGCCAGCCAAGGGUUGGCCUGGCGUCUCCUUACGCCUGUCUUACGCGUGUAAGGUGUGCGGCAGAGAUCGGUGCCGUUAUUUAUGCGUGGGAGGCUCCUGCUGUUAUUAAAUGCAAGGCUGCUGUUGCCUGGGAGGCAGGUAAACCUCUCUCUCUUGAGGAGGUGGAGGUUGCUCCACCAAAAGCUCGUGAAGUUCGUAUCAAGAUAGUUGCCACUGCUGUCUGUCACACUGAUGCCUAUACUCUGAGUGGUGCUGAUCCUGAAGGAUGUUUCCCUGUGAUCUUGGGUCACGAAGGAGCAGGAAUUGUAGAGAGUGUUGGGGAAGGAGUAACAAAAGUAAAGCCGGGGGACACUGUUAUCCCUCUAUACAUCCCCCAGUGUGGAGAGUGCAAGUUCUGUAAGAAUCCUAAAACAAAUCUGUGCCAGAAGAUAAGAAUUACUCAAGGGAAAGGACUCAUGCCUGAUGGUACCAGCAGAUUCACCUGCAAAGGAAAGCAGAUUUACCACUUCAUGGGGACUAGCACCUUCUCUGAGUAUACUGUGGUGGCUGAUAUCUCAGUAGCCAAGAUAGAUGCUGCAGCACCUCUCGAUAAAGUGUGCCUGCUGGGUUGUGGCAUCUCUACCGGCUAUGGGGCUGCUGUUAACACUGCCAAGGUGGAGCCUGGCUCUACAUGUGCUGUCUUUGGUUUAGGAGGAGUUGGGCUGGCAGUUAUUAUGGGCUGUAAAGUAGCAGGAGCAUCCCAGAUCAUUGGCAUUGACCUUAACAAGGAUAAGUAUGCCAAAGCCAAAGAGUUUGGAGCUACUGAAUGCAUUAGCCCUCAAGACUUCAAGAAGCCCAUACAGGAGGUGCUGGCUGAGAUGACCGACGGUGGUGUAGACUACUCAUUUGAGUGCAUUGGUAAUGUUGGAGUCAUGAGGGCUGCCUUGGAAGCCUGCCACAAAGGCUGGGGAGUCAGCGUGAUAGUCGGAGUAGCUGCUGCGGGUCAGGAGAUCUCCACACGGCCAUUCCAGCUAGUAACUGGGCGGACAUGGAAAGGGACUGCGUUUGGAGAACUGGUGACUGACUACAUGUCCAAAAAGAUCAAGGUUGAUGAAUUUGUGACUCACACCCUGCCUUUUGACAAAAUUAAUCAGGCUUUUGAGCUGAUGCAUACAGGAAAGAGCAUUCGAACUGUCCUAAAGCUUUAGAGCCAAAUGUGGACCUUCCAGUUUGCCAGCAACAUGGUAACUGUCCUUUUAUAAUGGAAUUUCUGACAGAGGGUAGAAUCAAGCAAAUGAAAACUCACUGGGACUAGGAAGAUGAUGUAUUUUAGGGUGAGCAUUCCGAAUAUUAAAUAACAAAAAAUCGGUAACCACUGAAUAGUAUUAUAUAAUUAGCACUGGUUGUGGAACUUCUAUUUCUGUACUUGUUCUUCAAAUUCAAUAGUGCCUAACUCAAUCUACUUAAUAAAAGCAUAUUUCUAAACA